UGGACAGCAACACCACUCAACUGAGUACACCCCGCCGCUUCUACUCCACCUCCCACCUCAGCAUGGUCAAAGCUGUUAGCGGCACGCUCGUCAAGUGCGACGCGUCCAUCAAAGCCAUGCUGGUCGACAUCGACAGCAGGAACGGCAACGAAUACAUCAUCGAGGAGCUGGACGAAGAACAUAUUUUGGUGAAGAACACCAAGAUAAACGAACUCAAGGCACGCCUCAACCACAUGAUGAAAGAACGUCUCAAAGAGCCAGAGACCUCUGAUUCGGAGUAGAUUUCUGCUUAGAAAUUGCGCACAUCGCUCUCUGGCUAGCAACCUGAUCCCUUCGUCCACCGCCAUACAAUCAAACUACUUCAAGACAUGCCAUUCUUUUGCGCGGCUCCGUCUAUAGCAGCAACCCAUUUAGGCCUCGCUGGCGUAUAAAGCUCAACCUGAGGGUUCAGAUUGUCCAGAACGCUGGUGUCAUCCAGUGUUCCGACCUUCACAACCAACUUGCCUUUGAAGGUGUCUCCCUCGCGCCACAUGGUGCUACCGCAAUCACCG